GGCUCCAGAUAAAUGCUAGGACCUAGUUUCCGAAGGGGUCAAGUAUUUACAACACUGAAAGACACUGGGGAAUUCUGCACGCUUACAGUGAUAAUCGGCUGAAAGCCUUCAGAAACACCCUCCCCACUCCAAUCAGCCCGCCCGCUCAUUUUUGGAGCAUUACAAAAAGAACUGCAGCUAGAACCACAGUGUCACCUUCUGAGUAACCAAAUGAGUGAUCACAUGGAAGCAAAUGACAAGAAAAGCAACUCUGGCCAGGAAACAUCUGCAGAAGGAAAUGUCUCUCCUGCUAAGGGCUCCACAAUAACCCAAAAACAAUUGCAACAAAUUGAGAGACAACUAAAAUGCUUAGCUUUCCAAAAUCCAGGACCUCAGGUAGCUGACUUCAAUCCUGAAACUAGAGAGCAGAAAAAAAAAGCGCGCAUGUCACAGAUGAAACAAGAUUUUUUUUAUAAGCCCAAAAUUAUGAAGAAGUAUGACAAACAUGGCCGGCUCCUUUGUAAUAACAUUGAUUUGUGUGACUGCCUGGAGAAGAACUGCCUGGGUUGCUUCUAUCCUUGCCCCAAAUGCAAUUCAAAUAAAUGUGGACCAGAAUGUCGCUGCAAUAGGAAAUGGGUUUAUGAUACAAUUGAGACUGAAGCUGGGAAUGUGAUCAGUGCUUUCCCAUUUUUUAUCAAUGACUGAUUUUGUUCUGAUAGCUUUUGUGCCUGAGCAAAGUUCUCAUUUCUUCACAUUCUAUUAAAGUAUAUCUUGACUUUUUGAAUUGUCUCUAGUGAAAUAUCUGGCAGUGGUGUUUGUGCUUCUUUAUUGCUGCCUACCCAUCAUACUUUAACCUUUCACAUUAAAUAAAAAUAUGCAUUUCAUUCUUCCACAGCCAUGUGAGCUUUACUGAGGCACCUAGUGAGUUCUUUCUGAAUCCUGACUCUUAAAAUGAAGGUGUGUGGACUGCUGUGGGCAGACAAUUUUCUUACCCUGGGGAGCAGAACAACAUUUCUUGUAACCAUUUUUUUUUUCUUGCCGAUCUCUCUGCUUGUGCAUUUACUCAGAUACGUGACACAUCCUUUUGUGAACACUUAUCCAGGUGCCUUUCCCUUCUGAUGCAUUCAUGUCUUGUAUAGAUGAAGUGGGAGUUAUUUGAGCUAACACUGUCUUCUAAAACUAGGUCACCACCUUCUGUGUCACCCAGUUUAUAAAGAGGAGGAGAGUGGAAACUACUUUGCAGCUGUUUCUUGCUGUG